CAGACACUCAGACACCCGGACUGAAGAGGAAGACGAGAGAAGAGCAGCUUGGUCUCUGCCAGUGUUUCCUCCACACACAAAGGUGGAAAGAGUCUUUAAUGGACCUGAAGAGUUCAGCAGUGAACUAUGGAACAGUAUGUUGAAGACUCCAGCCUCAGGGACUGGGAGGGGAUUGGUGCUGGGAGUUUUGGACAAAUCUACAAAGCCAGGCAUCAUCAGUGGGGCUGUGACGUGGCCAUUAAACUGCUUCUUCAGGGCGAGGGGAGCGAGAAGUCUUUGCUGCAUGAGAUCAAGAUGAUGAGUCAAGCCCCCAACCAGUAUGUCAUGGCCGUCCGAGGGAUCUUCAAGGGUCAGACGCCCUCUGGUGGGUCAAGACGGCUCGGUGUGGUCAUGGAUCUCAUGAAGAGAGGAUCAUUGGCCUCCCUACAGGAAGCAUUGGAGGGAACUCCACCCUGGCCGCUGGUCUUCAGACUGGCUCACCAAGUGGCUCUGGGUAUAAACUUCCUCCACACUCUGCCCCGACCCGUGCUCCACCAGGACCUGAAGCCCCAAAACGUGCUGCUGGACGACUCUCUCAAUGCCAAGCUUACAGAUUUUGGCCUUGCCCGGAUUUCCUGCAGCGUCACGCAGGUUUCCAAGGACAGUGGACCAGUAGGAGGGACGCUACCAUACAUGCCACCAGAGUCUUUUAACACAUCAUACGAACCUACCAGAGCCUUUGAUAUCUACAGUUAUGGGAUACUCCUUUGGUCCAUUGCCACGGGGAAACAACCAUAUGGGCGUUCAAGACCCGAAAUAAUAAUAGUGCGCAUCCCGAAAGGAGAGCGUCCACAGCUGGCUCAUAUCACGGGCGAUGCUGCCGGGUUGACGGAGCUGAAAAGACUGAUGGAGAGAUGCUGGGUUCAGGAACCUGAACGAAGGCCCACAGCCCUUGAGUGUACAACGGAGACAGAACAGCUGUUCCAGAUGCACGAAGAUGAACUCAACAAAGCUGUCUAUGAAGUGCUGGAGAAACUGAAGCAAAAGGAAGGAAAAGGCAUGGCAGCAGGAAAGAAGGUUCAGAGGGAUCCAGUUGCUGAGGCUGCAGUGGAGGGGAUCCAAAAGCCCCUGAGAAGAUUGAAUCUGCAUGAUGCUCCACCACAGAGAGUGGACCUUGUCAGGGCGCAGAGGCCUGAUCUGAUAAGAUAUGUCUCUGAACUGAAACUGGACACAAACACAGUACACAGAGGACUCAAACUGUCGGACAACAACAUGACGGUGACCCGUGUGGAGGAGGAUCAGCCAUAUCCUUAUCAUCCAGACAGGUUUGACCACAGGCCUCAGCUGCUGUGUAGAGAUGGUCUGACUGGUCGCUGUUACUGGGAGGUCCAGAGGAGAGGAGGAGUUCUUAUAGCAGUGAGUUACAUAGGAAUCAGACGGAGAGGAGACAGUACAGUCUGUGGGUUUGGACGUAAUAAUCAGUCCUGGAGUCUGAGCUGCUCUGAUGAUGGUGGUUACUCUGUCCGUCACAAUAACAUAGACAAAGACCUCCCGUCCUCCUCUGUCUCUAACAGAGUAGCAGUGUAUGUGGACUGUCCUGCUGGCUCUCUGUCCUUCUACAGAGUCUCCUCUGACUCACUGAUCCACCUCCACACCUUCAAAACCACAUUCACUCAGCCUCUCUAUCCUGGGUUUGGGGUCUCCAUUGGUUCCUCAGUGUCUCUCUUAUGUCUUUCCCACCAAGGCUAACCAGGUGUUGGUUCUGGUUCUGGUGCCCUUGCCAGUUUGGUGCUGGUUCCACUCGCCAGUUUUCUAAGAACCAGCUCGAUUUUCCCCAGCCUGAGAGCCAGAGUAGGGUGACUGCAAGUACCUCCGUUGUCAAAGCAACGCGUCAUGACAAUUAACACUAAUGGAGGACUACAUGCCGAUACUUUUGCUCCUGGCUUUACAAAUUCCCACUGGAAUUCAAAGACGGGCCUUGACAGCUCUCCGUGACCGCUAUGGGCCGAGGACGCGUUCAAGAAGAAAGGUAGUUAUUUCCCAUGAUUUAGCGCUUAUUAUAAUCUUUUGCUAGCUUGCGAUGGCAACAUCAGUAGCGUCAAGCAAAACACCGUUAGGGUGAUCAGACGUCCCGGUUGGACCAAGUCGGCCCCAAUUUUCCCGACAAAAAGCCCAUCGGGACCUUCUCCCAGCACCUGACGUAACCGGUUCUUAUCUCUAGACCAGCGCUACGCUGGUGCUGAGUUGGAACCCGGGUUCUUGGCCCAGAGCCAGGUUUAUUUUUGUGGAAAAGCAAAGAACCGGUUCAAUAUUUGGCACUGACUCCGAACCAGCACCAGAACUGCCUUGGUGGAAAAGACAUGUGUCUUCUGCAGGAGGAGACAACUUCCUGUCCUGUGGUUUAAAUGUUGAUGGAGGACGAGGGUCACAUUUGUCUCUGAUUGUGUCUUUAAUGUCAGAAAUCUUCUUCUUUGUUGAAAUGAUCUCCUCUGGGAUGAAAACUAGUUCUGUAUGAACUGUGUUGACUUUGAUUUUCACUUUAAUCUCAUUUUAUUGGAGCAGCUUCAGCUGUUAGGGAUUUAUUUCCAUCAAGGUUCAAAAAUAA